AUGGAGACUCCUACACCCAACCCCGAGCAUCAUCAACAUCAUGCACAUCACUCCCUCGAGGACGACAACCAGAAGCCUCCAAGCAAAAGGUCUAUCGAAUUCAGCUCACCGCUCGCCAAGCCACCAGUUACAAGCUCACCUCCUGCACAUCUGAAAGGAGAUGGCCGCGAAGAUCCCCUGGAGCCAGAGCUGAAGGAGAAUCUCCCCCGGAGUGUGCGGCUCGGUGAACUGGAACGUUGGAGUGAUUACGUCGUUUGCCCAAAGUGUCAAGUCAGGGCCAGGACUAUCACAAGGGAAAAAACCGGUAAUACGACUCAUGCUGCGGCCUUGGCCAUAGUCGUCAGCACCAUCGGUUUUUGGCUGGCAUGGAUACCCUACUUCAUCAAAAGGCUCAAGAAUGUUUACCAUCACUGUGGCAAUUGUAGAGUACUCCUUGCUGAGUACCACCCAGGUCUAUCUGACUACACUGAAGUCCUCGCCUUCCCAAUAGUGAGGACAGGCGUUGAUGAUAAUAAGGAUGGGCUCAAGGUUGAGGACAAGACUAGCGAAAGUCGCUUGCUUUGA